AUGGCCGAGGCUCCGGCGGCGAGCCGCAGGGCGGAGGAGGCGGGGAGCCGGCGGCGCGCGGAGGAGGAGGCGGAGGCGGAGGCGGCGGCCGAGAGGGACGGGGACAGCAGCGACUACUCGUCCGAGGACGAGGGCACGGAGGACUACCGCCGCGGCGGAUACCACGCCGUCCGCCCCGGCGACACCUUCAAGCACGGCGCCUACGUCGUGCAGUCCAAGCUCGGCUGGGGCCACUUCUCCACUGUCUGGCUCGCCUGGGACACCGCCCACUCCAGGUAUGUGGCCCUGAAGGUGCAGAAGAGCGCGCAGCACUACACAGAGGCUGCGCUGGACGAGAUCAAGAUCUUGAGGCAGAUUGCUGAUGGCGACCCCGAUGACUCCCACUGUGUCGUGAAGCUUCUUGACCACUUCAAGCACUCGGGCCCGAACGGCAGCCAUGUGUGCAUGGUGUUUGAGUUCCUCGGUGAUAACUUGCUCACCCUGAUAAAGUACACGGACUACCGCGGGAUUCCGCUUCCAAUGGUCAAGGAGAUAUGCCGGCACGUGCUCAUUGGCCUCGACUACCUCCACCGCGAGCUUUCCAUCAUCCACACCGACCUUAAGCCCGAGAAUAUAUUGCUCGUGUCCACUAUUGACCCUUCAAAGGAUCCCCGGAAGUCUGGUGUACCGCUGGUGCCGCCUACUGCAAAGACCGACGCGCCGGUUGCAAAGGCAACUGCACCAUCAGUGAGCAGUGGCCUCACUAAGAACCAGAAGAAGAAGAUCCGGAAGAAAGCCAAGCGUGUAGCUGCUUCGACUUCAGAAGGCAAUGGGACUGCGGCGUCUGCUGACACGGACGAGUCAGAUGAUAGGGGAGAUCUGGGCACAGCAAAUGAGGGCAGCAGCCCUAGCCAGGAUGGAGACCGGAAGAGAGGAGGAGGACGUAGGCGGGGUAGCAAAGGGGCUAGGAAGAGGAUGGCGAUGCAGGCUGACCUAAGCUGCAAGCUGGUGGACUUUGGAAAUGCAUGUUGGACAUACAAGCAGUUCACAGGUGAUAUCCAAACAAGGCAGUACAGAUGUCCUGAGGUGCUUCUGGGCUCCAAGUAUUCAACAUCUGCCGAUCUGUGGUCCUUUGCAUGCAUAUGUUUUGAACUUGCCUCAGGGGAUGUGCUCUUUGACCCGCAUAGUGGAGAAAACUUUGACAGGGAUGAGCAGGAUCAUCUUGCGCUGAUGAUGGAGCUACUUGGGAUGAUGCCUCGAAAGAUUGCCUUGGGCGGUCGACAUUCACGUGAGUACUUCAACCGUUAUGGGGACCUGAGGCACAUCCGACGCUUGAAGUUCUGGCCUCUCAGCAAGGUGCUCGUUGAGAAGUACGAGUUCAGCACCAUAGAUGCCACUGCUAUGGCAGACUUUCUUGUCCCAAUACUUGAGUUUGUUCCUGAGAAGCGUCCUACAGCUGCUCAGUUGCUUCAGCAUCCAUGGUUUGAUGCUGGGCCUCUUCGACGGCAGCCCAAAGCGCUUCCAGACUCGACAGAGAAUCCAGUUGAUGCUGCUCUAGAGAACCAUGGGAAAGAGAAUGAUGAUGAAGGAGAUGCAAUGGCAACGGAGAUGGGGAACAUUGCCAUAGAUGGCGCUUCUUCAUCCAGGACAGUGAAGGAUCCCCAAGCAAGCUCGAAGCAAAAGGCAAAUGGUACUCCUAAGAAGUGAGAUGCAAUCAAUUUUACAAGCUGAAUUCAAGGCUCGGUUUUCAGUUGAGAUUGCACCAUGAGCUGGAAAUGAUCGUUCGUUAGGUUUGAGAUGUGUUAGCAUAGCUUCGGGCGAGAAGUGUAGGCCAGACAUUUGUUGUAUGAGGUUGGUCGGACAAAGUUAGAUUUGUUGGGGUUGAAGAGGCCCUGAACCCUUUUACCGGACAUAUUCUUUUGUACAAUCGGAAUCUCCAAAUUUUUGAA